ACUCCGGGAGGCUAAAGCUCUGGCGGGUGGCUCUGCCGGCUGGCUGUGAGAAAAGAGUGGGACGGACUGACAGACGGACAGACGGGCAGACUGACCUCCGAGACCUCAGCCUCGUGGGAGGCGAUGCCUCCUUCCCCGGCGCUCGCCCUCUUCUACCUGGGAGUAAAGACGACGGCUGGAGGCUGCGCUUGAGGGCUGCUCUGCUCCGCCGGGAAUGCAGUGCGGGCCUCACCUCGGUGGGGGUGAGCUGCAGCUGGGCUGGGGACUGAGCGAGGACCCCAGAGGAGACCAGUGAGAAAGCGGCAAAAAACAGAGCUGGGCCCGCUGGAGGGGCACAGAAACCGGCCAUCAGGUGCUGAAGCUGGCUCCGCUCCACCCACAGAUCUGGUGUUGGGGGGCAGCCUCCGAGGUGCCAAGGCUGACCCGCCUCUGCCUCAGCGUCCCCACUCUGACGUCUCCUACACACAGUGAUGCAGCCUCUGUGGAGAGCCCUCCAUUGACGGGGAGCUCACUUCCUCUGCCUGGGGAGAAUCGGUGCCGUCGUGAGACUCACCAUGGAGAAGUUCUUGUGCAUCUUCCUUCUCACCACGCUCUCUUCUGGCCUGGUCUCCACUCUUAAUGACACAGAGCCAACCCUGGAGCCUGAGGUCAUCACGGAUGCCUCCCCGGAGCGCCAGAAGAUUGUGGAUGCCCAGUUCAAGUGCUUUGAGCGGAUGAACAACAAGCCUCCCUACAAAAAAACAGGUCUGUUCUGCAACCGCACCUGGGAUGGAUGGCUCUGCUGGGAUGAUACACCUGCUGGGAAGGUCUCCGUGCAGAACUGUCCCGACUACUUCCCCGACUUUGACCCGACAGAACAGGCCUCCAAGUACUGCGAUGAACAUGGGAACUGGUUCCAACAUCCCGAGAGUAACCGGACCUGGUCCAACUACACAUUAUGCAACUCAUUCACGUCAGAGAAACUGAAGGCGGCGUACAUCCUCUAUUACAUGGCCAUUGUGGGACAUGCCCUGUCAAUCGCCUCUCUCCUUGGCUCCCUUGGAAUCUUGUUUUAUUUCAAAAGCCUCAGCUGCCAGAGGACCACACUGCAUAAGAACCUGUUCUUCUCUUACGUGCUGAACUCUCUGUUCACAAUUGUCCACCUGAUUGCGGUGGUACCCAACCCUGACCUCGUGAAAAGAGACCCUGUGAGCUGCAAGGUCCUACAGUUCUUCCACCAGUAUAUGAUGGGAUGCAAUUACUUCUGGAUGCUGUGUGAAGGCAUCUACUUGCAUACUCUCAUCGUGGUGGCUGUGUUUGCUGAGGAGCACAGGCUGCACUGGUACUACCUUCUGGGCUGGGGUUUCCCUCUGAUACCAGCCUGCAUUCACGCUGUCUCCAGAACCAAGUUCUUCAAUGACAACUGCUGGAUGAGUGUGGACACCCACCUACUGUACAUCAUACACGCACCCAUCGUGGCGGCGCUGCUGGUGAAUUUCUUCUUUCUACUCAACAUCGUGCGAGUGCUGGUGACCAAGCUCCGCGACACCCACCGCGCCGAGUCUAACAUGUACAUGAAGGCCGUGCGGGCCACGCUGAUCCUCGUGCCCCUGCUGGGCGUCCAGUUCGUCGUCAUCCCCUGGCGGCCCGAGAGCAAGCUGGCCGGGGAGGUGUAUGAUUACGUCAUGCACGUGCUCAUGCACUACCAGGGCUUGCUUGUGGCUACCAUUUUCUGCUUCUUCAAUGGCGAGGUCCAAGGAGCACUGAAGAGACAAUGGGCACAGUAUAAGACUCAGUGGGGCCAGCGGCGGAGGGACCGCUGCUCCACCCGCUCCACCUCCUACACAGCCACCUCGCUCAUGGAAGUCCCUGUUUACCUUUAUUCUCCCGACGCCCACAACGAACAGCUCAAUGGGAAGUUUGCCAUGGAGGCCUCCGAGAUCACCGCUCUGAGGUCCAGAGAGGCGUCCACUUGAUUGGCUGGCAAAGGAGGAGUGGUGGGCCAUUUCAGUGUCUUCCUUUUGCCUCUUUUCUUCUCUCGUCCUCUUCCUGGCAGACUCUGGAGAUCUCCUCUCCAGGGACCAAGUUCAGCAGCUAUGUAAAGAAUAUUUCAAUUGACUUGCAGAUGCAAGUCCUGCCCAGAGUGAGAAUCUGGGCAGAGUUAGAAGCAUGUUUGAAUGCACACACACAGCCACAUUUAUGACUUCUCCCAUCAUUAAUCCAGGACCUAGAAACGAUCCUGUCACAGCCACAGGAACAAAGCCCACAGAAAGUACAGAAAAGUGAGGGGUCUGGGAGACAGGGCGUGCACUCGUCUUCCAUCUCGAGCUACAUUCACAUGUCACUCGCCCCUGAAGAAUGGGUCUCUGCUUUGAGGCUUCGGACCACAAACUUUCUGGGAGCACAAUGCUGGUUUCCCAGCUAAGCAGGUCCAGUCUUCUGGGCUGUUGGUGUUUGUGGGGUGUCAUCUUAAUAGCAUGCCAUCUAAUGCUAGGCAACAUCUUCUGGGCUGAUUCAUUCAAACAUGAGCUACAUAUGGGAGUUAGGGAUCAAAGACUUUUCUGGCAAGUAAAUGCCAGGGUGGAGCAAAUGGGCAGGAUUUGGCUCAGGUCAUUGGACUGGCACAUUUUUAAUCCUUUUCUAAAAAUGCCUCCAGAGGCACCACCAUCCAUGAAAAGUUGGGCCUCCAGGAUCCAUGCCCACCUUUCAGACAGCUCCUGAGGUAUGGUGGGAGACUGUGUCCAGAACUGCAGCUUUCCAUGAAUGGAGGGGCUUUCAAGCUCCAUGCCUGCUUUGUGGAUAACUCCCAAGGUACAGUGAGGAACUGUGCACAGAGCUGCCACUUUCAGGAAUGAAUGGCCCUCCAAGCUCUAUGCUUGCUUGGCAGACAGCUCCCCAGGCAUGGCAAGGUACUACACCCAGAGCUACAGCCUUCCCUGAAAGGAUGGGCCUCCAUGCUCACCUUGUGAACAACUUCCCAGGUGUAGUGGAGGACUUUGCCCAGAGCUGCCAUGUCCCAUCAAUGGAUGGAAGUAUGGAUCCAUGCUUGCUUUGUGGUGAGGGACUGUGCCCAGAACUGCCACCUUCCACGAACGAAUAUUCCUCCAGACUCAUUGCUCUCCAACCCUGCCUUGUGUAUGGCUCCCCAGGUGCAGUGGAGGAUUGUAACCAGAGGUGGUACUCUCCUGGGUAUUGAUUGGGUAAUGAAGGGUAUUAAUUGUCUCUCCUCCCUUUAACAGCAGUUGGUUUUUCCAACUCUCCUAAACACCAGGGUUUGGAAGACAAAGGGAAGUUUGGGUGUCUGAGCCAUUUAAAGUGGUCUCCAUCUAGCAGAAGACCCUCUGUCUGACUUCCCUGUGACUGACAGAUCAGAGGUCCAGUGGGAGUCUUCGUGGGCUUUGGCCAUGCUUAAGGCAAGUUUCUGAAAGAAGCCUUCUCUAGGUAGAUUCAGCACUGGACAGCUCCCACUGGGCAGAAACCCAAGCAGGCUAGAACUCUCUCUCUAGCUUUCGCCUGCCCAGCUAUUCACACACAGGGAUGAGCUGCCCUCCCCACUAAGUUCAAGACAAGCCGGUUGAUGCUUAGAGGAAAGGAAGAGUUUGCCGAUACUCGCGCAUUUCAGGGUUAGAACUCACCAGGACCCUCCAAUGUGAGCUGGGGCAGGACCAGCCGGUGUCCUGAAGGAGCGGGGGCAUCACUAGGCCUGGGAAGGAAUCAGUGAAUCCAACAUGGCCACUAGUGACCUGAUCGCUGUUUAAUGGGCAUGCUGAGGGAUGCCAAGGGCCAGGCAUGGAACUCCACCACUUCUCUGGUUUCCACGCUUGUUGUUUCAUUCACACCAUCUUUUAGGACAGAGUUAGCAGAGCUGCUAUAUCCAGACACCCCUGCCUGGGUUUCCCUCACUGCAUGCAGGGCAGUACAAGAAUAUUCUCAGGCCCCAGGGUUUUGUGUGGGGCUGGGUGUCACCCCCACUUUGUUAGUAACUUUGGGAGAUGGGGUCCCAAGACUACUUCAAUGUAUGCUGAUGCUGUGACAUGUGCGCGAACACUCUGGAUGCUCCUGGUGCUUUUAGCAGGACUGAGAAGCUGGCCCUUAUGGCCACCUGGGAAAACAGGACACCUGACAAAGGUGACCACUGCAACAGGGAUAGUGAGUACUCUGUGUACUGUUUACAAAUCCUGCUCCCUGCCCACAGAUGUACAAUCCAGGCCUCUGUGUCCAGGGGGAGGGAUUCCACCCUCACUCCCUUGUCUCUUAUCUCUCACUCCUUUCAUUGGCCGAUUUUCCCUGGGCGCAGUCCCUCACCACAAAGCAAUGAGUGGGAGUUUUUCCUGUGUGGGGCAAAGGGUGAAAGCAUGUCAUCUCUUAGGUACCACAUCCCCCUCCCCAACCUCAAUUACUGCUUGUGUCCAGAAGCCAUAUUUGUUCAUGAUCAUGCCUGAGCUCCAGUUAUUCCUGUGUUAUUCCUGGGCUUUAUGUGUGCUAGAUAAAGCAAAUACAAGACAACCUUCUGGCCUA